ACAAUCCCCAUUGCGGCUGCACCCCACCCUAGACUCCGCCGCCGCCGCCUCCCCCAUGAGCAGGCAGGACGGCGAGAUGUCGGCCGCCCUCCACCACCGCCCCCGCUCGCCGCUGGAAGACGAGGAUCUGCUCCCCGAGAUCCUCCUCCGCCUCCCGCCGCAGCCGUCCACCCUCCCCCGCGCCUCCGCCGUCUGCAAGCGCUGGCGCCGCCUCGUCUCCGACCGCGGCUUCCUCCGACGCUACCGCCGACACCACCGCCGCAGCCCUCCUCUCCUCGGUUUCUUCCGCAACGACCUGCGAGGCAUCUCCUACACGCCUGCAAUGGAGGCCCCCGAUCGUGUCCCCGCCGACCGCUUCUCCGCGCAUCUCGACGACGUCGGCUACCACUUCCGUCUCCUCAGCUGCCGCCACGGCCUUGUGCUCAUCUCCCACUCGUCGCGGAACCAGGUCCUGGUGUGGGACCCCGUCACCGGCAACCAGCACCGCAUUGCCGCUCCUCUGGGGUUCGACAUGAACAGUACCCCGAUGGACGGGGCGGUGCUUCGCGUUGCCGGCGACGCCCACCACUUCCAGGUGGUAUUGGUAAGCUACAAGCAGGAAGAUGAACAGGCGAUCGUCUCGAUUUACUUGUCGGAGACCGGUGGAUGGAGUGAUCUCAUCUCAACACCGGUUCCAGGCGAGGCCAUGGAUUAUGAAGGCAUGCCCGCUGUCCUGGUCGGGCAUUCCAUUUACUGGCUGCUCCCUGGGGAUGAUAUAAGUGUAAUUCUUGAAGUUGAUUUGCAUAGCCAGAUUCUAGCUGUGAUACAGGUGCCAACAAAUAUGUUUGCCAAAGGUCAGUACUUGAUGGUUAUGCGAGCAGAGGGUGGCGGUUUGGGCAUACUCUCCCUGUCAGAAUUCACGGCCGAGUUAUGGAAGAGGAAUACCGACGGUGAUGGUGUUGCUUCAUGGGUGCUGGGACAAACUAUUGAACUGGACAAGCUACUUCCCCUGUCUUCAGAUAAGAGAAGCCACAUAUCGAUGCUAGCGUACGCUGAGGAAAAUAAUGUGGCUUUCUUGCGUACAGUUGCCGGUAUCUUCAUGGUCCAGCUUGAGUCCUUGCAGUUCAGUAAACUUCCUGAAAACAACAACGCUGUUGUCUGUUAUCCAUUUGAAAGUGUCUAUGCUGCAGAAGCAGGCAUUGGUGGUGCCAUGGAGCUAGUAUGAUGUACUUGUUGAGCAGGCAAGCUUAUCUUCUGAAUUUAUGUUGAGGUAUCAGUUAUGUUCGGUGGCUGAGAUGCAGAAGUGGCUCGUUUGAUGCGAUGCACACGGAAAUUUACCCCUUAUGUAGAAUGCAGUGGUCAGAUGUGAAGUGCAUUCGUAGGAAUUAAUCACUUAUUUUGCUCAAACCCGUCUUGUUAUCGAACGCAGUCAAUUGGCCAACUGACAUGGAGACAUAAGAAUUGCUUGUAUUAAUCAGUACCUUUCAGUUGAUCUUUGCUUGCGUGCA